AUGUGUUCAGUCAAUAAGAAAUGUCAACCAAGGUUGGUGAAAUUCUAUACACCAGUAGAUUUAACCAAGCAGAAAUUACUACUUGAACAAGUAUACGAUCUCAUAUCCCAAAGAAAUAACGAUUUCCAGAGUUCUUUUCUGGUAACUCCACCUUCUUUACUAUCCAGUGAUGACAAUGAUGAGGAUAUUCAGAUCAUUUACAAGAAUUACGCAACUUUAUAUUUCACGUUUAUCGUUGAUGAUCAAGAAUCUGAGUUAGCCAUACUUGAUCUGAUUCAAACCUUUGUCCAGGCAUUAGAUCGUUGUUUUACUGAAGUAAAUGAACUGGACUUAAUUUUCAAUUGGCAAACCUUACAAAGUGUAUUGGAAGAAAUCGUUCAAGGUGGUAUGGUUAUCGAAACAAAUGUCAACAAGAUAGUCAAAUCAGUUGAUCAAUUGAAUCGAGUUUCUGAAUCUACAGAUAAUAAGAUCUCUACAGGAUUGAGUGGUGCAUUACAGGCCUUCGCUCAAGGCAGUUUUGCUCAAUGGGCAUCAGGCCAAUAA